AAUGUGCGAGAUUUCUGGAAAGAGGAAAAAAUACCCGGAUUGAGCCCAGAGAUAAUGCAAUCGGCUGGAGGAAAAGUGAGCAAACUGUGAAAAGACCCUCCUCCGCCACGUCUGAACCUGCCCUGUCAGUUCCUUUCAGCUCAAAACCCACAGAAGAAGCCGGAGGAAAGAAGGAAGCUUUAAUUAAUUAACGUCCUGCAAUGGUGCCCACCUUCCCCGUUCCUCUCCUGUUUCUACAAGUGUUGGCUCUACAGAGCGUCUGGUCAUCUGCUCCACAGGAGCCGUAAGUUCAAAGCUUGCCUCAGACAGAAAUCUCCAGCUAACAUCACCCCACCUGGAGCCUGGGGCUGCAGCUGUACAGGUCGCUCCGCAUCGACGGUUCCCAGACCAAAACCAAAAUCUCUCCGCUUCUGUUGGCCAACUCCCUGCUGGCUCUAGAGGGUGGAGCUAAAGGAUCCACAGCAGGCCAAUUUCAUGAUCUCCUUCAGAUCACUAAAAAUGAUACGGCUUUUGGAGAAGUUUUGACCAAGACACUGAAAUCUGUGCAUGAACUAGGAGCCAGCUAUACAUGUCACAUUUCCUCUGCACUGUUUUCUAAACAAGCCCCUAAACUGAAGAAGAGCUUUCUGGAGAAGCUCCAGACCCACUUUGAGUUUCAGCAUGUGGCCCUGGAGGAUGCACAGAAACAGACGGACAUGGAGAAGCAUCAGUCCUGGGCUAAAAGUGGGAUGGAUGAAGAAGAGACAUCUGAUCUGGAACAGGCACUGGAGAUCAAACCGGGAAAUAUCUUGGCCAAUGCACUGCACUUUAAAGGAAUUUGGGAUCAAGACAUUUUUACCAUGAAAACCAAGAUUUGCGCAGCUUCUUGGGUACUAAAUACAACAAAGUUCCCAUGAUGCACAGAUCAGGCAUAUACCAUCACUAUGAGGACAUGGAGAACAUGGUAGAGGUGUUGGAACUGGGCCUGUGGGAAGGGAAGGCCAGCAUGGUGUUGCUUUUGCCUUUCCAUGUGGAGAGUUUGGCUCGGCUGCACUGUCUGCUGACCAAGGAUCGAGUUGAGAAGUGGUUGGGGAAAAUGAGCUCCACUAGUAUGGCAUUAUCCCUCCCGAGAACCAAGAUAAGCAGCACCAUCAGUCUACAGUGUUUCCCAUACAGAUUAAUGACUCUCCUGGCAUCCCAAACAUUUGUGCUCCUUCAAGGCCUGGGCCCUGAGAGGGAUAACAUCCUGGGUUAGAAGCUCAGCAAGAGUCUCUCCAGCAGAUCGGCCACAGGAAGCAGCCUGGACUUGGACAGCAAAGAGUGACAGAGUUUUAGAAUAGCACAGAUGGUUCUGUCUGCACUGCUGAACAGAUCUGGAUUUGGACGACAGAGAGUGACAGUGACUGUGGCAGGCAUGUUUGGGCUGUUGAGUUCAGUGGAUGAGACCGUGUCUGGUAUGACUGGCUUGUGGGUAAGAACAUUUGGAUUCUUUGGUUUCUUGCGGUGGGUGGAUAUGUCAAGUACGCCUUCGUAGUGCUCUUCUCAUGGGUUGUGGAGGUGAAGUGUUUUGGAGCUUGAUGAAUGAUUUUGUGACAUGCUGCUGGCUCUCCUCUUUCCUCGCUCACUUCAGUCUUCUUUCUCCUUCCUUGUCUCUUUCCUAUCUCCCUGCCUGUUCUUCGUAUUCGUCUUUUCUCUCUCCAGCUACCUCUCCAUCCUCCCUCUUUCAGCGUCUGACCUCAGCUUACCCAGGAUCUCCUGCCUGGAGUCCACUGGUUCCUCCCACUCUCCCUUUCUUUAUUCAUCACUUCAUCCACCACCUCAAUAUUUGUGUAUGCCCUCUUAUUCACUCUCAUUUCUAGCUGGUCAGAGUCCCUGUAUUUCAUCUUCUGUCUCGCCCCUUUUCUUCUCUCACACUCGUUCUUUGUCAAAUUCUCCUUUUCUCUCUUUAACUCUUUCAUAUUUACCUGCACUUCUUUCUGUGGUCUUCUUUUCUUUUGCUUUUUCUGUCCUCUCAUAUCCGUGAAAUAUUUCACUUUUUGUUCUUAAUUUAGUGGAAUCACCUGUGACCUUCUUGACAUUUUCUGUUGUCAAAAACUACUUUCUUUUGCUCUCUAUUUUUUAUGGAUGCAACUGUUUCAUUGUGUGUAUAUAUAUAGGUGUGUGUCAUUUAGACUAAUUUUUUGUGAAUUUCAUAAUAAA